UUGUCACCAGAAAGAGAAGCACCAAGCCCAGCCACCCACCUUGACUAAGUGCAAAUGGAAUUGACGGUAUCCCCACACCUGCAGAAAAAGUGUCAAGAGAGCCAAAAUUUGUGUCACGGAGGAGAUCAGUGGUAUCGGAGCAGGUCGAAGCUUGGAACCUGAAGAAUAUUUGUUACAGCCGUGGUUUCAUCUUUCUCCAGUGAUAGAAUGUCUUUCUUCAUUCCAGUGUUCAACGGACAAGACUAUCCAACAUGGAUGGUGAAGAUGAGAACAUUUCUCAUGUCGGAAGGGUUAUGGCAUAUUGUAGUGCAUGGGUACAAGGAACCCAUUGAUGACAGCACUUUGGAUGCUGCAGAGAAGAAGGUACUUGACAGUACUAGGAUUUUGAAUGCUAAAGCCUUGUCUAGGCUGCAGAAUGGAGUUGGAGCUACCAUCUUUCUGAGAAUCAUUAGAACCUCACAAGCUAAAGAAGCUUGGGAUGUUCUCAACAAGGAGUUUGAGGGAGAUGGCUGGACAAUAGUUAUAAAAUUACAGAACUUACGACACGAGUUCGAAAAUCUGCCUAUGCAAGAUACAGAGAUGGUGAAAGAGUUCUACAACAAAGUCAUAGACAUUGUUAAUCAAAUGAGAAACUUGGGUGAAAAGGUCAUAGAUGAGAAAGUUGUUCAAAAAAUGUUAAUCAUCCUCCCAGAGAGGUAUGAUGUGGUAGUGGUUGCAAUAGAAGAAUUGAAAGAUCUCACUGCCUUGAAGCCUGAGCAGCUUGUGGGAUCUCUGGAAGCACAUGAGCAACGGAGGUUGAGACGUGGGGAGCAAACUCAGUCAAUUUAGUCUGCCUUUCAGGCUAAAUUCACUCUCAGGGAUGAAGUGAUAUAGAGAAAGCAAUCAAACUGGAAAGGUGAUGAGACUACUUCAAAUUGGAGGGGAAUAGGAAAAGGUAUGAAUUCUGAAUCCUACUCUAGAAGAUCCUGUGAAUUAUGUAAGAGGUUGGGUCAUGUCUGUAGAUUCUUGGUUUAAAGAUAAACCACAAUGUUAUCGCUGUGGAAAAUUUGGGCAUAUUCAGAGAAACUGUCGUCUCGAACCAGAAAAUAGGGCAAACUUUGUUGAGUUUUCCCCAGAAGAAAAUCUUUUUUAUGCAACUCAGGUGGUCUCAAUAAGUAGCCCUAAUGUAUGGCAUUUAGACAGUGGUUGCAGUAAUCACAAGUCUGAAAACAAGGCACUGUUUGAUGUUAUAGAUUACACAAAAAUAACAAGAAUUCGUUUGGGGAAUGACUCUGUGAUGGAGGCAAAAGGAAAGGGUAGAAUAAAAAUUUGUACUAAUGAAGGUCUAAAAUUUAUUUGUAAUGUGUUUUAUGUUCCUGCUCUUGGUCAAAAUUUAUUGAGUGUAGGACAAAUGAUUGAAAACGGCUAUAAGUUGGUUUUUGGAGAUGGUGGAUGUAUGAUUUUUGAUAAGAAGAAUAGAGAUAAGGAAUUAAUGUUUAUAAAAAUGGGGAGCCACAGAAAUUUUCAUAUUGAUUUUAAGCUUGGAGGGGAUUCAACUCUUAAAUCUAGUCAGGAGGAAAGUGAGUUUGAAACUUGUAAUUUUGCUCCGUGAGUGAGUUAGAAAAAUUUAAUGAAGUGAAAAAGGAUCCUGUGUGGAGGAAAGCUAUGGAGGAAGAUAUUAAUAUGCUAAACAAGGAAGAAGAAGUGGAAGGAGAUGGGGAAAUCUUUGUUGAUAAAGAUUAUGGAAGGUUUUUGAGUGAUUUAGAACAUUAUGAUUGGGGGGCAAUGUCUAUAGUGGUAGUGAUUCAGAAGACAAGGCAGUGAAAAGGCAGGAAAAUGGUGUUGAUUAUUCUGAUCCUCAUUAUGAAAUGUUCUUGGAAAUGUUGAGAGUAGAUGGGAAUUCAUAUGCGCUUCAGAUACCUUUGAGUGGUGAAAUGUUGUUAGUCAUGAAGUAUGAGGAGGAAGUUGGGUUCUCUAAUGGUCACAGAUUACAAAAUCUUGAUGCUCUACAACAUUUACUUGGUGGAGGAAACAUGAAAGAUGACAAAAAUUUGUGGGAUUCUUCAAAAAGAGAUAGGGUCGAUGAAAGCUGCCAAGCCUUUUUUAAUAUUGUCGAGCACUGUGAGGGGUAUAUUAGAAAUGGGACUGGGUGUUCACAUUAUCAUCCUAUUCGAACGAGACAGGUAGUUGGUAACACGCUGGUUGGGGGUGUUCAUGAGAAGCCUACUAGGAUCAAAAGAAUAAUGGAGGAUUUUGGAGCUGUCCAAAAGGAGCCUACUGUGGGAAUAAAACAUCAGUCUGAUCGAUUUAUGAAUAAAGGGGGAGUUGUAGAGUUGAUCUUCUCUGUUACAGAUAUGGUGAAUAUUAUUGAGACUCUGUCAUGCCAUUGGAGCUCCCAGAUUCCUACUGUUGAUUAUCCCACUGCAGGCAGAGCUGGCAAAUUGGAGAAUUUGUUCAAUUUUAGUGGAGUGGCGGUGGAGGCAAGGCCAAUGGGCUUGAGAAAUGAAUCUCUGCCAGGCAAUGAAGAUCGAGAAAGAAAUGUUGAAAAAUGGAUAUGUUUCUGGCAAUGUUGAUGGUGGCUUGGGUGUAGAUGAAUAUGAUAGGCACCUGCAGAAGGUGAGGAACAACUUACUGAUGAUGAUGGGAUUACUUAUAGGUGGGAUAAAGGUAUAAGAGCAUGGGUUCCUCAGGAAAAAGCAUCAAACAGAAGGGAGUAUGGUCUAGAAGACAUGACUAGUUUGCAAGAUGAGGAAGCCUUUGCAACUUCAAAUACUAGUGAUGCCUUUGAAAAGAAUCAAGUAAAUGGGAACAAAGAACUGAUGAAAGAAAUGCUGAAUGGCAAGAGAAAGUUGCCGGAGAAACAAUAUGACAAGAAGGAAGCUAAUAAACCUCCAGAUAAUUCGUUUGAGUUGAAAGUCAAUACUAACUGGGCCGCCCAACAAUGUUUCUUCUUAGGAGCUGACUUGACCUGGAGUUAAACCAAAGUGCAAUCCAGGGGGAGUGUUGGUGGAAUUGCACUUUGCCAUCUAUGCUGUUUGUUAUUGUUGUCCUCUUUAGUAAUUUCCCUUUACGUUAUAAUUGUAUUUUCCAAUGUAAUGUGUCUCUUAGGGUUGUGAGUGUGGGGAUAGUAGCCGCACAAGAGAAAGUGAAAGGUGAAGUUCUCUGAGUCUGUAAAAUGAAUUAGAUGAAGAGUUUAGAGUUUAUCGUGUGUCAAAUAAACUGUUAUUGAACAAUCUAUUCCCUACACUCAUUUGUACGUGUGUAGUUUAUGUUUAGGCAAUAAUUACAGUACUGCAUGAAAUAAAAAGCUUUCUUUCCUCUUUA